AUGUAUAGUGUCAUUGCCUCUCUUAAUACAUUCACCACUUCUAUUAUCCUAAUUAUUAUCACCUGUUCCUGGGUAUUGCAAUCGGUUCCUGUAUCCACUUCUUCCUACAGAACUCUUUUAUAUGGCGAAAAACUGAAAGGUUUUCUGACGAUUUCGCCUGCCGACGAGAAUGGUGAUACCUACAUAGUUAGUUUCGACAUAAAAGAAAAACCAAAUGAUACUUUGGUAUGGGCAGUACACACCUCAUCCGCUCCUUACGACAUGGCUGUAAUGACUGAUAAUUGUCGACGAGUGAAAAAAAGUCCACCGGUUGUGAAGAACAUGCCGGUUACCGAUUCGACCAUCAAUGGAGAUGGACUAGCUGGCAACACGUUGGUAGUUUCCGGUGAUAACAGUGAGGUUCUUGCUUGCGCGACAGUUAUCAUCCCUGGCAAGGAGUUGAUGCACGCUUCGUUUCAUCAGGAACCAAUUGAAGGACACGUUCAUAUAAUACCAAUCAAAAACAAUGCGGUUCGAUUGGUGCCUGAUCUCAAGUACAUGUCUAAAUUUGACUAUGUUGAACCGGAAAAAAAGAUUAUGACAUGGGCUUUUGUGGAUUCAUGUUUCAAUACUAAUGACUCAACAAAGCAAACGGAUUACAGUGAAGUUGGGGUGGACUCCAGGGCAACUUUUGUAUACACACUUCCGGAGAAUUACACAUUGGAAGCGUUGGCGUUGUAUCGAGAGGACAAAAUGUUUGCAUGUGCAGACAUAGUAAAUGUAGAACCAAGAACAUUGAAAUCACUUGGUGUAACGCUACGACAGAAUCAUUAUUUUGAGCCAGUAGUUGGGUUGAAAUCCCCACCUAAAGAACUUCACAUUCGGGAUGAUUGCUUGGACAUUUCAACGGAAAUAAUUCACAAAUGUUAUAUGAGUUACUAUCCAUCAGUGAGCAUAUUUGGAUCAGAAUCAAUUAUGUUGAAAAGUUUGGUACUAAAUACUUCCUGCAGUGCUCUGAGACCUCAAUUCGCACGUCCUGCCGCUAUUGCUACAUUCCUUCAUCCCAUUAUUGGAAGAAUUGCACUAGUCGACACCGAUGACAAAAUUUUGCUGACUGGAGAAAUUAGGAACAUUUUUGAUGAGAUGUCUACAAGAGCUACUGUUCUGGUUUCAAACAAAACUGCCGAAUCAACUUCAUGUACACAUACCACUUGCGAUACAUGCCACAGGGUGGAGAAUGCUGCUGUCGUAGUGGGUAAAAACGAGAAAGCGGUAACAAUGACAGGCGUUUUCAACUGGUUCAAUAUCUCGGAUAUGCGAUCGGCGAUAAUUGAUCUUGAAUGGAUGAAAGUUUGUGCCAAUCUGACGAUUCUUCCAUCUGGGGCGCUCACAAUGCAUGCAAUGGUGAAACGAGUUGCUCCAUUCUCAUCAGCUACUGUUGCGUCUGUUGUUGCACUUGAAUACCCUGCAAACAAUUAUACCGAGAUUUUAAUAAACAAAAAACAGAAGUUUACUGAUGUUCAAGCUCAUUUCCGUCCACUUGACCGAAGUAUCACCAGUGGUCCUCCAUGUGGAGAUCAAAAUCUUGGAGGCGUCACUAAAGUCUCAUGGAUAAACGGAUUGAAGAGGAAUCUAAUGAGCCAGGAAAAUGAUUCGAGUGUGAUUUUCGAUGAGAAUUUUGUUACUGGAGCAACAAGUAUGCUGGGUACCUCAAUUCUUUUGAAAGAAGGUAAAGAAGUAUUCUGCGGUCAUUUCGAACCACCAUGUGACAGAACUGUCGCUUUUGCUGAAUUUGGACACCCAUUUGACGGUUAUAUAAAAAUGACCCAAUAUGUGAACUCAAACUGGGAAUCUGGAUUUCCAACCGAAAUUUAUUAUUCGCUGAAGUACAGUAACCAAACAGACCCAACUGUAAAUCCGGAAUCUGUCACUUGGGACAUUGUGAGUGAUCAAAACCUAACCUGCAAUACUGCUUUGAUAUUCAACCCAUUACAAGUUGAUGAAACCGAAUGCUCUAUCCAAAGAUACGAGUUUUGCCCUAUCGGAAGUGCUGCAAACCGCUCGAAACCUCUUCUAAUGCAUGCUCGCUGGCAUUUAACCGCCCAAAGUUUCCCACUUUCCGGCCCUUACUCAGUUGUUGGAAAAACUCUCAGGUUGCGUUCCAUCAAGAAUCCGAGUCAAGUGGGAUGUUACCCAGUGAAAAAAGUGUCAGAGGCGACAUUCAGAUGGGUGGUUUACACCAACACAUCGCUGUCAACAGUACAGAAAAGAAUUUCUGAGAAGACUAAAGUUCCAACAUUCAAAAUUGAAGUAGAUUACACACGAGAGCUUUAUCAGACAAGGUGCACGAUUUUUAGAAUUACAAUUCUGGAAGAAGAUGAGAAACUGGAACAAAUCUUAGACUCAUUCGAUGUAGAAGCCCGGAAGUUUAUAAACGACACCGAGUUAGUGUGCAGUGGAACACAAGCGUUAUCACCUGAAGCGACAAAUGCUAUAUCUCAGAAUAUAAUCACCUCAUCAUCCGUCUCACACUCAUUUGUCUCAAUUCCCUUGCCAAAACUAUUACUUUUCAUAGCUAUUCGUUUUCUUUGA